UGCCAAAACGAUAACAUAUUAUGAUUCAAUGGGUUCUAGUAAUAUGAAAUGUUUGGAAAAGUUAAUGGAUUAUUUGCAAAAUGAAUCAUUAGACAAAAGAAAUAUCGCUCUACCAGAUCCAGAUUCUUGGAAAUUAGUUAAUACAGAAGAUACUGUGCCUCAACAAUACAACGGAUCCGAUUGUGGUGUAUUCUUGUGUACAUUUGGUGAAUUCAUCUCGCGUGAUGCUUCAUUCAUAUUUAGUCAGGAUGAUAUGCCAGGAAUACGUAAACGUAUGAUGUAUGAAAUACUUACACAACAAUUAUUAACUACAAAUUUCAAAUUAGACAAUGAUCAUCAAUAGAGAAGAGAAAGAAUGUGUUUUGUAUUUUCAAAUAGACAAUGUGUGGCCUUCAAUUUUUUUUGAAUGAAUUUUUUUGUCUCUCAACUAUAUUUGUAUAUGUAUAUGUAUAUGUACUUUUUUUGUGUUGUCUCUCUUUAGCUCUCUGUAUAACAAUUUUUGUCUUACAAUACAAGAAUUUUGAAUGGAUAGGAAAAAAAAAAACAAUGUUAAUGUAUAUUAUAUUGUAAAUAGUCAGCAUAACAAAACAAAAC